UAAAUAGGAGUACUUUUUCUAUCUCUUUUUUGUGUCAUAGGACUAGUAAAACUCCCACAUAAAGUCGACUAAUGAUACCGCAAAAGUUAUUAUUUCGUGCACAUGCAUCAUGCUUGGACGUGUGGUAAUAAAAUGAACCAUAUCGAAUACUCCUAUCAAAAAUCGAUUAAUAAGACAAGUAUUGCAAUUAUUUAGAAUCGAAGGAGAUACGGAGUACAAAAUUUAUACGGAUUAAUCUCAUAAACGGAUGAACGUAGAUCUGUCCUCCUCCCGCUCUCUAUUUCUCUCAGUUUCCUAUUGAAGCGAACUUCACGUUCUCAAUUUAGGCGAUUUCUCAUAUUUCUAUCCUCCAUUGAAGCACCUUUCGAGGUUGUAUGAAAGUUCUACUCAGGGUUUCAACCAACAUCAAUUGUCUUCACACGUAACGGAUGUGAUUCUAUUUUAUCAUGUCUGUGCUGAUUGAAGGUCUUCCAGAUGCUGUUGCCCUCAGGUGCCUUGCUCAUGUUCCUUUUAACCUUCACCCCAAGUUAGAACUUGUAAGUCGUACUUGGAGAGAUGCUCUUCGCAGCUGUGAGCUUUAUAAGGCCAGGGAAGAGGUAGGUUCAUCAGAGGAGUUUCUGUGUGUAUGUGCUUUUGAUCCAGAUAAUCUAUGGCAGCUUUAUGAUCCCCUUCACGACAUUUGGAUCACACUCCCUGUUUUCCCAUCAAAAAUUAGGCAUCUUGCUCACUUUGGGGCUGUCUCCACUGGUGGGAAGCUAUUUGUGCUUGGUGGUGGGAGUGAAGCUGUUGACCCAUCAACUGGUGAUCAGGAUGGGAGCUUCGCAACCAAUGAAGUAUGGUCUUAUGAUCCUGUCAUGAGGAAGUGGGCCCAGUGUGCUCCCAUGCUGGUGCCUCGUGCAAUGUUUGCGUGCUGUGUCUUGGAUGGAAAGAUCAUUGUUGCUGGCGGUUUCACUAUCUGCCGAAAAUCAAUUGCUCAGGCUGAAGUUUAUGAUCCUGAAAAGGAUACAUGGGUCUCGAUUCCUGAUCUUCCUUACACUCAUAACUCAGCAUGCUCUGGAAUGGUCAUUGGGGGCAAAAUGCAUGUUGUGCACAAGGGGCUCUCAAUGGUGCAGGUCCUUGAGAGGCCUUCUGACGGUUGGAUGGUUGAAGACUAUGGUUGGCUUCAGGGUCCAAUGGCUGUAGUUAAUGGAGUUCUUUACGUCAUGAGCCAUGGCCUUAUUUGUAAGCAGGAAAGCGAUAAAAGAAAAGUCAUCGUUUCAGCAUCAGAGGUAAGAAAGAGAAUUGGGUCUGCAAUGAUUGGAUUAGAUGGAGACAUAUAUGUAGUUGGAGGUGUGAUCGGUCCUGAUCGAUGCAACCGAGACAUCAAGCCGACCUCUGAUGUUGACGUCCUGACUGUAGGGAGUGAAAGACCAAACUGGCGCCGAGUUGCUCCUAUGUCCAGGUGCCGUGGAACUAUACUUGGAUGUACACAAUUGAGAAUUUAAAGAUCUUUUCAAGGAUGUGUUCUUUUGUAAGAAUGGUGCCCCUGUUUUGAAGUUUGGCACCAUGAGCGCGCAGGGGAACAUUUGUUAUUCUCUAAUGUCUAUUCCCCUUGAAUUGUGUUGUAAGUUGUAACUGGUUUCUUAUCGCUUGAUCAUGAAAUGCUUGAAGUUUAUACAGGCAACAGAUCAAUGUGGAAUGUAAACUUGUAAAGUUUCUUGAAGAAUUGGCCAAUUCUUAGAGCAAUUUAACAAUUACAAUAUGUUUAACCCCUUUGGGUGCUGAAGAUGUUGGAAUGAAGAUUGAGCAUUACUUUCUAA